AUGGCACAGACGACGGAGUAUGGAACGCCAUACACCCAAGACAAGGUCACUAAAGCCAAAGUUACACUGGAAAGCUUCUAUUCUAAUCUAUGGAUGCAGAAAGAAGAAAGGUUAACGAGACAAAAGAAGUUAGAAGAAGCAAUAUCAGGGCUGCCAGAAGAAGAUAAAAGGGAGAAAAGAACACAACAUGCUCAGAAAGAAACAGAAUUCCUCAGAUUAAAGAGGUCACGGCUAGGCUGCGAGGACUUUGAAUCGUUAAAGGUCAUAGGUCGCGGGGCCUUCGGUGAAGUGAGGCUAGUCCAAAAGAAAGACACCGGUCACAUCUACGCCAUGAAGAUAUUAAGAAAGUGUGAUAUGCAUGAGAAAGAACAGGUUGCCCAUGUACGAGCGGAGCGUGAUAUACUUGUAGAAGCUGAUAAUCCCUGGGUUGUCAAGAUGUAUUAUUCCUUCCAAGAUCCAUACAACUUAUACCUCAUAAUGGAGUUUCUUCCAGGGGGCGAUAUGAUGACGUUACUUAUGAAGCGAGAGACGUUAUCGGAGGAAGUCACUUUAUUCUACAUAGCUGAAACAAUAAUGGCCAUCAACUCUAUUCAUAAACUCAAUUUCAUUCAUAGAGAUAUCAAGCCAGAUAACCUUCUAUUAGAUGCAAGGGGACACAUAAAACUCUCAGAUUUUGGUCUUUGUACGGGUCUAAAGAAGUCACACAGAACAGAGUUCUAUAGAGACUUAUCACAAGCAAGACCGAGUGACUUUUCUGCUAGUUCGUGUAAACCUAUGGAUUCCAAGAGGCUAGCGGAGAGCUGGAAGAGAAACAGGAGAGCACUGGCAUAUUCAACGGUCGGCACGCCCGACUACAUCGCCCCCGAAGUAUUCCUCCAGACGGGCUACUCCCAUGUGUGUGAUUGGUGGUCGUUAGGCGUGGUCAUGUACGAGAUGCUGAUUGGCUACCCACCCUUCUGCUCCGAAACCCCUCAGGAAACGUACAGAAAGGUCAUGCACUGGAGAGAAACGCUCCAGUUCCCGGUCGAGAUUCCGAUAUCAAAUGAAGCCAAAAAUAUGAUCCAAAGAUUUUGUUGUGAAUCCGACAAGAGAAUUGGUAAGAAUGGUGUAGAGGAGAUCAAAUCCCAUGCAUUCUUUCAUGGUGUUGACUGGGAGCACAUCAGGGAACGACCGGCAGCCAUACCAAUAAACAUCAAGAGCUUCGAAGACACCUCCAACUUCGACGAGUUCCCUGAAAUCGAACUCAAGCCAAUUACACCACCACAAGCAACGGGCGAACACAUGAAAGACUGGGUCUUCAUUAACUACACAUUCAAGAGAUUUGAAGGGUUAACGCAACGAGGGAUGGGUCAACGCCAGUCAACCAGCCUCAUCAGGUGAAGACGAAAUGCCAUGGAAACAGAGCAAUCUUACUCCCCCCACCCCUCCCCUCCGUGCACCUGCAGGACAGAAUCUGAGGAGGUCACACUUGGAGAUAUUCUUCGCUUUAAUUCUCGCUACUGCAAUUUCUGUGACUAUAGCUUCACGAAACUUGCCAAAGCAAAGGCACAUCGAGUUGCAAUGCAGAUGAAGAGACCGAUACGUUUGAAACUCUAUUCAUAUUAGAAUUUAUUGAGGGAUUACUCAAUCCCCCUAGGCAAUAGUUAAUGAUAUUCAAUAUUGUCUCUGUACAUUUAAAGGCUACCACACACCUUUACGACUGGUCCACGAUCCGAUUUUGGAACAAAUUGCAUUUUGCUCAUUUUCUGAAAAUGUGAAUGAAAAGUAUCUUUUUAUUUGAGGUUCAAAUUAACUGAAAGAAUGCUAAUAUAACAGUUUGGAUGAUUGCAAGCCUUUAUUUUGGAGUAAAGGCCAAAUUAAUUUCAAAAUUGCAGCCAAUCGUACGAUUGCUAUGACGUCAUUGCGACUAGGUAUUAAAUUCACUUUUAUUCUGAUAAGGAUGAUAGCAUAGUCACAGAUUUGAACAUAGGUAUUUGUACGAUGGAUUAGAACAUUACACGGUAAGAUAUUCAUGUUUUAUUAUUAGCAUCAAAGUCUACAUUUAAUUCCAAAAUCGGGUCGCAGACUUAUCGUAAGGUGUGAGGAGGCAUGAAGUGAUAAAAUCUGUUUGAUUAGAACUCUACACCCUCCACUUCUGUCUCACUCCUUCUCUCCAGCUGUUUAAAAAUCUUCCAUGGUUCUUGCGUACUUUUCAAUAGUCACACAAUCUCUUUAAUAUGCUCACCAAACCGCUUCAUUGUCGAUCAGUGUUGCAAUAUCUUUGCUCUGGUUUUCAAAAAACAAAGUUCUUGCUUUAUUACGCUUCUUCCUGUAUAUUUGAAGUUGCUGCAGGGUUAUCGGUAAUUGUUAGGAAGGGUACUAUUAUUGAAGAAAUUGUUUUGGGGUUAUGUAAUCUUAAAACCUGGCUCACAUUCAGCAGCUUCUUUUUCUUGGUUUUGUUGAGUGAAAUUAAUAAUAAUAAUGAUAUAAAGCAUUUAUGAGGCGCCAAUUAUCUAUUUUCCUAUUUAAUGGCGCACUAUAUAUUACCCCGGCUUUAGCUCCAGCUGCUAAAGGUGCUUUGUGCAUUCAAGGAAUUAAUCCUGCCGGGUACCCAUUCACCUCGCCUGGGUUGAGUGCAGCACAAUGUGGGUAAAUAUCGUGCUAAAGGAAAACAUGCCAUGGCUGGGAUUCGAACCCUCGUCCCUCUGAUUGAAAGACGAGAGUCGUAACCACUAGACCACAAUGCCCCCACAAAUUAAAAUGGAUUGGAAAGAAAUGUUCUGUUUCAAGAUUGAAGGUUAUUAUCAAGAACUUUUCAUGAAAUGGAAGGGUACUGUGUACAGAAUGCAUUUAUAAGCGAUAGUGUAGGUACAAAGAGCAAAUCAUAAAUGGAAAAAAAUCCUAUAAACUUCUCUUGAUUUUGUGUCUUAUUCCGUUGAAAGAUGCAGUUUUAUUGUUUUUUCUUUUGUUAUAGCUUUUGCUGCCAUUGUCCGUAAAGUAGGAAUCUAGUCUUGAUAUGAAAAUGAUUUAUAUGAAAGCAGAAAACAUAGAAAUGUUGAAAGUUUGAAAGAAAUGGGACGAAGAAUAAGAAGUUCUGAAUAUUUUUAAUGAGAUCACUAAGACUAUGUAAAUCUCAAAUUGGCAAUUGGAUGAGUAAAUUGUGCUCAAGUUUUUUUAAGAACAGCUCUCCAUUUUGGCUUUACAUGCAGCCCCCCCCCCCCCAUCACCUUAAUUUUAGGGCAGUUAUCAAGGUAUAAGUUGUGCUCAAAAUUUACUGAACCCCACCACAAAAUACACUCCUUCAUGCUGAGUGUUGAAUGUAGACAAAAACACUACAAUGUUUGGCAAGCCCAGAGAAACAAACUCUACUGAAUGUAAUAUUUUAUUGCCUGACUUCACAAUUAAAUAUCUAAAACAUGGCAGAAGUUGAGCAUGUUAAAUAUAUUUGUUUUCUGGUGGGGUUCACUAACUUUGAUCACCACUGUAAAUAACAUAUUGUUCUAGUUCCUCAUGAAAUAGAAAUAUUCUGAGUAAAUCUUUUGUAAAACACCAGCAAAAAUCAUUUCAUUCAUUUUGUUUUCUUAUUGGAGCAACUGGAGUUUUCCUACUCUACAUGACAAUGACAUUGGGUGAUUUCAAGUCCGGUGUUGGCGUUAGUGUUAGUGUUGGAAUUUGGAUGGCUUCCCCUAGCUCCAAAAUCUUUUCUGAGUUUGUAAAACUGAUCCAGAUCACAUUAUUGACAUCUCAACAACCAGUGAGUGACUUUUCAGGACCAUCUUCAUUUUAUGUUUGGUGUUAUACUCAUGUAAAAAUUGACCUAACACCAACACCAAAAGGUCAACACUGAACUUGAAAUCACCCAUUAUGUAUUGGCCAGUUCAAUAUACCCUCAAUUAUAGUGAUAACAACUUCUAUGUUUUAAUAACUGUCUCAUAUUGCUUGUCUGAGUUUAUUCAAUAUUACUGAUUUGCUUUAGUUUACCAACUUGUCUACUAUCAUUUGGUCUACCAUCAGUUUGUCCACUAUCCAUAUGGUCUAAUUGCCAUUUCAUCCACUCAUCAUUUUGUCUAAUAACCAGUUGGUCCAAUAGCCUUUUAGUCCACAUACCAUUUGGUCUAAUUGGACUACGUGUUAAUUGGGUGAAAUGAAUUAAAAUAAAAUAGACCAACUGGUUAUGAGAAGAAAUGGUUAUAGACGAACUGGUGAUUAGACAAAGUGAUGAUUGGACCAAAUGGUUAUUGUUAGACGAAAUGUUGACGGGUGGAAUGGCAUUAGACUAAACGAAGGUAGACCAAGUGAUGAGUUGGCAAUAGACAAAUUGGAAAUUUACCUCUGCUUCAUUGUUUUGUCCUUUUCUAUUCUUCAAGAAGAACCUGCUAUUUCGAUUGAAUUCCACUGUACCUAAAUACAAAGACUUUUCUUUUUUAAUAUAUAACUCGUCCAAAGCUUAAGGAUUAGGUUUAUCUGAUACAAUUAAUAAAAAUAUAUCCAGGUUAAGAUUUUACUCACAAAUUAUAUCAAGAAAAAUAUAGACGAAAUAUAUAAGUAUUCAUUUUUGUAGCUAGGUAAUUUUUUUUUAGGCUGACUGUAACAUUAAUGUUAACCAUAAACUAUAAUUUUCAUGUGAUACAUUAUAUAAACUGUUUUUAUCUUCCUAUGUGUGGAUAUAUGUAUAUAUAUAUUUCUUGUGAGUAUAUAUAUGUUUAUGUAUUAUGUAGUGGAGUGCCUUGUGUUUGUAUAUAUAUAUUCAUCCACACUGUUUUAUUUAUGGAGAAUACACACAACACUGCUUCUAUACUAUGAGGUCAAAGUUCACAGGUCACAGGUCAAACUUUGUAAAGCGAAUGUAAUGAUAUUUAUUUUUGAAAUCGGAUUGUUUUAAUCUACAUCGAGGAUGUUUGCAGAUGAACAUGUAUAUUGUAGUUUUGAUAUUUGACCUGUGGUUACUAUUUUGACCUUUCACCUAUGACCCGCUGUUGCUAGGGUAAUGACCUGGAGGUCGUAUACGAGAUUGAUGUAACAUCUCGCUCUCCAGUGAAAUAGGAAUAAGAAGGCAGUUAAGUAGACUAAAUAAAAUUAUGAAGUGUAAACAAACAUUGGCACAGAUGCAGUUGGGGUGGGGAGUUGGUCGGAGGCAUUGAAGUGUCAUUGAUAAUUUAUCCUCAUUGCCCCCCAAUUUUUAUUUCCAAUCUUCACUUCGUCAAUACCAUACACAUCGAUUUAAAAAAAUUUUGCUUACAGCAUUCUGAAAAACAAAUACUGCUCUUUAUGUUGAAUGAGUUAAGAGAAAAAAAGUUCACACCUGAAGAAGGCUGACUAUUUUAAUUUCAGUUUUAUGUUGCCAAUUUAAUGAUCUAUUGUGUAUACAUGUGUAGCCCUCUUUGAACUCGUAAAAUGACAUUUUGAUUAGUGCAAAUAAAUAGGAUACAUUGUGCAUAA